UUUGUUAUUCUUUUUAAACAUAUAUUAUAAUAAAAACAAUUAAUUAUUUUUAAAAAUAAUAGUUUCACGAAUUUUAUUAAACUCUCGUCACGUUAUCAGUAGUCACGUUCCGACAUCUUUCUUCGGUGACCUUGUUCUGUAGAAGGCACACGCAAUAGUUAUAAAUUAUGGCACCACCAUCAUUUAGUGACUUAGGGAAAGCUGCAAGAGAUGUCUUCAGCAAAGGAUUCAAUUGGGGAUUUUACAAGCUAGAUGCUAAGACAAAGACAAAAAAUAAUGUUGAAUUUAAAGCUGGUAUUAGCUCAAACAGAGACAGCGGAAAAGUGAGUGGAAGUCUUGAAACUAAAUACAAGUGGAGUGAAUAUGGCUUAACUUUCACUGAAAAAUGGAACACAGAUAAUGUGCUCAAUACAGAAAUUAAAAUUGAAGAUCAGCUUGCUGAAGGACUGGAGCUAACCUUUGAUACCUCAUUCGCACCUUCAACAGGAAAAAAGAGUGGUAAGAUCAAGUCAGCAUACAGUAUGGAUUAUGUUCAUUUGAAUUGUGAUGUUGAUUUUGAUUUUGCUGGUCCGACUAUUCAUGGAGCUGCUGUCUUGGGGUACGAGGGCUGGCUGGCCGGUUAUCAAUUAUCAUUUGAUUCAUCCAAGUCCAAAUUGACACGCAGCAAUUUUGGCUUUGGUUACACUGGUGAUGACUUUUCAUUUACAACAUUUGUAAAUAAUAAUCUUAAGGAAGGAAAUGAGGGCCAGGAAUUUGUUGGAUCCAUCCACCAGAAAGUCACUGAUAGCCUUGAGGCGGCAGUCAAUCUAUCCUGGACUGCUGGUACUGGUAAUACAUCCUUUGCUGUUGGAGGAAAAUACAAGUUGGAUGAUGAUGCAUCCAUAAGUUUGAAAGUAAAUAAUCAAAGCCAUGUAGGUAUUGGUUACACACAGACUCUGAGAGAUGACUUGGCUAAUGGUGGCAUAAGAGUUAAAAUGACUAUGUCUGCUUUAAUAGAUGGAAAGAACAUUAACCAAGGUGGUCACAAGGUUGGUCUUGGCAUUGACUUUGAAGCCUAGAUGCUUCUCUGGAAUUUAUUAAUAUGCUGUUAGGGAGGUUGUGUGAAAGACUGGUAAAUUUUGAUUAUCCAACAGCUUUGUAAAAAAAAACAACUUGGUCAUCAGUUUCAGCCAGUGCAAAAUAACAAAUUUUCUUUAAUAAAUUUUUUUAACUUGUAUCUCAUCAAUAUAUAGUGCUCUACAAUAGUUAUUGUUCAAAUUAAUUUGGCUAUCUACAGAUGAAUAAUAAAUUUUAUAUUUAACCUUCAAUAUAUUGGGCCUUUUCUGAACUUGCUGAACGGGAGAGAAAGUGAGUCAUGAUUGAUAACUACGAGUACUAUCUCAACCAACUGACCUUGUGUGUGACAGUGACAGACUUGUCUUCAGCAAGUUCAGUUUAGUGUUAGUCAUAGUCUGACAGAAGAUCUGCUGUUUGUUCUAUUUGUAUGUAUCAGAAGUCAUUGUUUGAUCAUUUUUACAUAGAUUUUAGAUAAUCCUAACAGAAAGUUUGACUGUGAUUAGUCAGAAUGUGCAGCAUUCUGUAAGAGUGAUGACAGUGUAGUCAUAAUUUGACAUUGGAUCUUGUCAAGUCAUUUCAGUGUUCUAGGACAGAAAAAAAAAGACAUUACUAUUCAGACUUUUUCAUGUGUUAGAAACUAGACUGUCACAAGAUUUGUAUAGAUCAUGUCAAAAAAGGUCAUAGGUCACUUCUGUAUAACGGAUAUGUUGGAGUCGUAAAUAAAGAUAUCCUUUUGUUA